AUAUUUUAGCGACAAGAAGCAAUACUCCAUGUUAUUUUAUUGUAGUGUGGACAGUAAUUUAAGAAGUAAAUAACUGUAUAGUCCGUAGCGCUUAAUUCCUGUCAAAAAUAAUACACACGAGUCAAAAUGUACUUUUCGACCUAAACCCUCUGAAACAGAGCACACAAUAAAUUCGGAUACCCGAACGUGGAGUUUACAAGGAGACCUCGAAGGCAGCACCGGUUCUCUCAUUUAUUGUAUUCGAUGUAUAAAAUGACCUGUCUUCUUCCAGCAGUAAUGUAAUUUACUGUAGCUAAAGCUUUCAUAGCACUGUCCCCCAGCCUGUUCAGAUGUUGGACUUUUCCAGACGUCGACACCACGAGUGGAAGAACAGCAGCACAGGUUGUAACUUAGCCAAAUGCUACCUAGCUAACAUACACUGUUAGCAUCUGAGCAGCUCCAAGGUCCACUUCAAAGCAUCACUGAAUCCCACUCACAGACUGUAUUCAGUCUAUGGUGCUACAGAAAGCAGCACCAUGACCUCAGCUUCCACUAAAGUUGGGGAAAUCUUUUCUGCAGCUGGAGCCGCCUUCACCAAACUAGGAGAGCUCACCAUGCAGCUUCACCCAGUGGCUGACUCCAGUCCUGCAGGUUCCCAUCUUCUCUCCAGCGGUCAGACGAAGAGCACAGUGAAAAGGAAGCUGUAUGAAGAUGGUGCGCUGCCAGCCUCCUCCGAUGGGCCCAAGAAGGUUAUCAAGAAAGCAGUGGCCGCCGUCACCAUGGCAACACAGGGCACUCCAACCGUCAUCUCUGUGCCCACAGCGCAGGUUGUCGUGGCAUCGGGACUACAGCGUCCAGCUGUCAGCCGGCCCCCCAUGAAGAAACAGAAGACUGCAGAUGUGACACUCAGUGCUUUGAAUGACUCAGAUGUCAACAGUGAUCUUGUGGACAUCGAGGGACUGGGUGAAGGAUCCAACUCCAAAAAACUCAACAACUUUGAUCAAGAUAACCUAAACCUGGACUCCAGCCUCAUCAUGAAUCCCAGUGACCUUCCUCUGCUGUCCCGUUGACCUUUCACUUCCUGUGGAUUUCAUAGAAACGAUGGACAAAACUAUGAAAAUAAGACACAAGUUGUAAUAAACUGGACAGAAGAUGCUGAGCACCAGAGUAAAUAUAGCAGCAUUGGAUGUUGUAUUGGGUCACGCACAACUCCUAUCCUACUUUUCCUUUUUACCGCAAGACAUUUUAGUUUGAGAUCAUUUCUCUUUCUGCUAAUUGAUUUUGCUUUGAAGGAACAUCCAGGAAAUCAUAAAUAUAGAAGACAGUAUCCAGUGAGGAAGCUGUUCUACCAUUCAUACUUCCUGUGUUUCUUUAAAGAGAAGCCAGGAAAAUAGAAACGACCCAGCAGAAGCGUUUUACAACGCCUGCAUCAAUGAGAAGAAACAGUCCUGCUUUGCCUUUUUUUCCCGACUUAUCCAGAUGCACCCAUGUUUCUAAAAGAUGGCUGUUUAGGAUGAUAAAACAAAUAUUUGUCUGUACUAGUUUAUAGUAUUUCAUGUUCAAUUCAGCAAAUGAUCGUAUUAGCAGAUAUGAACGUAAUUCUCAGUGUUGAACAUUAGAGUAGUUAGAAGUAGAACAAAGACAUUUUGGAUUCAUGUAUGAGUGAUUGUUUCCAGUAUAUUUUCAGUGUGAAUUGUCUAAAUUCCUUCCUUCCUCUUAACUUGCCAGCUAAAGUGUGUUAGAGGUUAUAAGAACACAGAGGGUUAGAUCAUACAGUUGAUACUCUCUGUGUCAUUCAAGGAGAAACUGAAUAAUGAGGAUGUGGCUGGUAUUUUGAGAUAUAAUUAUCUAAUUUUCUUUGGAUAAAAUAUGUUUUUAUGGUGAUGGUAUACAUUUGUAAGACAUAGAGAUAUCAAAAUGGCAGAAACACAUAUGAGUAGGUACUAGGUGUGGACACCAGUUAUCCUAACUUAAACCUACAAGCUUUUUCUGGAGCUUUCAACCACAUCGUAAAGUCUUCAUUAGUGGGUGGAGUUGGCCCAGGUGUUAUGUGGAGAUGGCAUCAUCUGCUGAUGAAGACUGCGAAAUGUGUGUGAAAGCUUAGCGAAAAGCUAAUACAUUUUUCCCCCCUUCCAAAUGAAAGAACAAUGCUUAACGGCAUUAUUUUUCAAGAAAAUAAUUUGGAAAUAUGCUCCUUUACUGUCUGACAGUUAGAUGAUCAAUAUCAAUCUAAUGUCUGUGCCUUAAGUAUGACGGCAAUUAGCCUAGCUUAGCAUAAAGACUGGAAACAGAUGGAAAUGGUUAGCUUGGCACUGUCUAAAGUUCAAAAGUACACCUACCAACACCUCAAACCAAAAGGUCUUAAAUGUUAUUAACAUUAUUACUUAUUAAUCUCAGCUUCUGUACUUAAGGAAUAACCAUGGCAUGAGGUCUGACAGAUUAAUUUAAAUAAUGUGCAUAAAGACUAAUGGGAAAUACUC